AUGUUUCCAAGGGACAGGUAUAGGAGUAAGCAAGGAGAGUUCUUGAGAAUACACAAGGAAGAGGAUGGAAUAGGAGGUAAUGAAAUUCAGUUGAUCAAUUUAGAUGAUAGUUCAAUUAUAUUAAGCUCAGUUCUGAAUCCUGAUGCUCCUCCAGAGCCCAGGGAGGGGAUGACUAGAGAGGAGAUAGAACUCAGGUACCGGAUUCAGUCACAGCCACUUGAACCUCAGCAAACACUCGAAUCACACGAAUCUCAUGAACCAUUUGAACUAAAUACUUCUGGAGGUUGUCAAUGUGAAUGCCAUGGCGUGGGACAAGAAAUUGAUGCAAAACUACAGAAACCAGGAAAGAAAAGGUUCUUUAACUUUUCAGAAAGGUUGACCAGAAUAUUGGUGCCUUCGCCAAUAAUUGAAAUAGAAAGUGCUUUAGUUACUCCACAGGAUCAGACAGAAAAUGAUGAAAAUUUACCAGUGAAUUCACCUUAUAAGCUACCACAAAAAUUAUUGGGAUCGAUCGAGAACCUUCUUAGUGAAAAACCUUUGAAAAAUGACUUCAGAAGACAUUCAUACGCUGAAGGAACAUUUCCAUCGAUUGUGAAUCCCAACAAGGCAGUAUACUCGAAUAAUGGCCUGGAUCUAAUGAUUUACGGCAGUCUUCGUGAACAGAGUAUCAAGCAGAAAGAGGUUUGGAAAACUGUAUUGAAUGAUAUCUCUUUAUCAGCAGCAAGGUUAUCAACUGGUGGAACACCUGUAAAUGCCGAAGAGUUCUCUAAUCUUACCUCAGAUUUUGUCAAUAGUAAGAUUUAUGAAGAUGUAAUAAGUAUGUAUAAUUAUACUGAUUAA